GACCACCACCACACCGCGACAUCCUCCAGCUCUACUUUGCCAAUCACCAGGCCUUGCAUUAGCUUGCACGGCCUGCCGCUCUUCGCCUUCGUCUGCUCCCCGUCUUUGUCCUCUAUCGAUACCGCUCUUGUUUAAUGCCCCCACGCACCAAACGCACUCAUGCUUCCUCCCGCCGUCAACAGCGUUCCGCUCAAUUCGAACCCACUCAGCCCCAGCCCGCUGAUCUACUGUCUUUCGACGAGGACGUCAAUACCCAGUCGCCGUCGGUCUUUGAGCUAGAGGCUCCGCCCUCCGAUCCCGAGCUCGGCCGCCAGUCCACCGUCAUUCGCAAUGAUAGAAACACGGAGAAUCUCCUCGCGGAGCCCAUCGACUACGCACAGGAGAUGUACGGGCCAGCAAUGAGCGGAUCCGACAUCGAUGACGGCCCUAUAUCCAUUUCCACCUCGCCACCAGAUCCCUCGCCCCUGCGGAGGUACUCAAUCGCCCACGACGCGGUACCCUCGCCCUCGUCGGCGCGCUCGACCCUCAGCAAGCUCGCGAUUGCGGAGGACACGACGUCGGAUGACUCGUCUCUCAGUCGGAGUAUCGGGCACACUAGAUCGCCCGUCCUUGCUCGCCCGCGCUCACAGCAUCACGCCGACAGAGAGCCUACGACGCUCGAGAGUUUCUCACGCACCAUCCGCAACUACGUCCCCUCUUCAAUCCCGAUCCCCACCGCUGCGCCCUCGCCCCCACGGGUUUCCCGCCCGGUGUCAUUCGGCAGCUUCCUUACGCCAGCGACCGCCCCAACUGCAAGGGACCGCUCGACAUCAGGCGAAUCCUACGACAACACAUGGAGGCGGCGCGGAAGCGAGGCGUCCUCCGCUGCGGAGCCAGCAGGGCGCUCACCCUGGCAACAACGUGGUGGAGACCGGGACAUGCCCGUAUUUAGCCUGGACGACGACAUCCCGGAGGACACCUUGCGCGAGGAAGACCGUCGGGCAACACGUUAUCCCGGUGUUGGGGACACAGAGGAGGUUCUGUGGGCGGGGUGGGACGCCCUCGCUGACAACGAGCGCUCGAAGCCAAGGUCGAUCCUCAUGCUUGGAUACCCCACGGGACUGCAACUCUGGGACUGCUCCAAUCUGAGCUCGGUGGCGGAGCUCCUGAAUCUAACUGGCUCGCAAUGGGGCGCGGUCGAGUUCGCGGGCAUUAUACCCGACCCACCCCUCGCCGCCACGGACGAAUUGCCGCAGAAGAGGCCGCUCGUUGCAUUUUCAUCUCGGACUGUACAUGGCACGGACUUUCUUGUAUAUUCACUACGCUCGCACGAAGUUGUCAAGAGAUUACCCCUAAUCGGUUUCACGUCGUUUGCUGCAUCUUCGCAAUUUAUUAUUCUCAGUACAUCAAACCCACCCACGAUCCACGUUAUUUCUGCAUGUACACUUGCGACCCUGUACACUAUCCCUUCUGCAUCUCUCAUCCCCUUCGCAUACCCCGCUCCGUCAUCGCCAACAACAGCAAAGCCCAAUGAUGUACUUUCUUCUCUAGACAUAGACACGCCUCACGCACUCACACGCCCCAUAUACGCACUCUCUAAUCGUCUCCUGGCAUAUGUGGCGCCGCUAUCCAGAUCUCCCAGCGUCCCACCGGCGCCCUCUGCUACCCGCGGCCAAGCCCACACGAGCACGCCCGUACCCCCGCCGGAGAACCAAGUCAAGCUGGGCCUCAACAUGACCCAGGCGGAGCUCGGAAACGCCGCAGCCAAGCUCGGGGGCAGCGUCCUCAGCGGAAUGCGUACACUAGGCGGCAUGGCCAUCUCCGCCGCGCGUGCAGGCGUCGCCGCCGCCGUCGCGGAACAAUCUACAGCAACGGGGUCCGGGACCGGGUUCGGCAGCAUGUUCUUCUCGAAGAGCGCGCCCGCCGCGACAGGUUCCCCUCACGAGUACCAGACCGCACAAGACCGCCGCCGUCGCAGCCUGCGCGUAUCCCCGCCCGCCGACCGCAUCUUCGACCCUCAAACCGGAGCCCCCGCUGGAUCGAUGCUCCCGCCACCAAUGUCUCCCGUGCAGCCCCCGGCGGGCUGCAACGUCAUGGUGGUCGAUCUGCAGUCGCUCCUAGGAUCAUCGUCCGCGGACCCAGAGGUCGUGGCGCGGUUCACGUUUGCGAAGCUGCACGCGCUGAGCGCCCUCCGAUUCUCCGCGGACGGCACGAGCCUCGCCAUAUGCGCGAAAGACGGGCACGCGGUGCGCGUCCUGCAGCUGCGCCCUGCGCCCCGCGUCCUACGCAGGCUUCCCAGCAGCACUCUCGCGGACCUGCAGUCUCGGGCGGGUUCCAAGGAUAACGCGAGUGUGGUGGAGCCGGCCGCACACCUGGACGAGUCUGCGCAGCUCAUGUAUACGCUGCGGCGGGGGCGGACUGCGGCCGUCGUGGAGGGCAUGGAGUGGGCGCAUGACAAGACGUGGUUCGGGAUGAGCACACGUAAGCGGACUAUCCAUGUCUUCGCGGUGAACCCGCUCGGCGGCAAGCCGGACGGGAGCAGCCAUCUCGCGGGGAAGGUUUUGAACGCACCGGACCUGGUCUCGUCAAGCACUGAUCUGGCGCCACUCGUACGCGUACGACUCCGCGCUGUUCCAGGCGACGCACCCAGCGCCCCAUGUGCAUUCACGUUCGUGCGUCCCGGCGAGACCGCGCUGCCCCCAUCGCUCCUCCCGCCCGCAGCCGUGCACUUCUCCGCGUCCUCUUCGCCGUCGAGCGUACAGUCCGGCUCUCCAGCCACGAAGCCCGUGUCCCCCGCACAGCGCCAGGCGCGCCCGACGAACUACCGGGACCUGCUCGUGUUCGACCCUGCGGAUGGAACGCUCACACUCCGGCGCAUCAUGGUCGAGCGCCCCUCGGCAGACCAGACGGUUGUUCCGGGCUCGAUCCCCGUCGCUGGUGGAAUGAGCAUUUCCCUGCCCGGUGUGAGUACGCUAAGUCGGAGCAUGGGCGCAUCACCACCGCGCAUGCCAUCUGGACUGACGAGGAUGAUGGAGCGCUCUACGGAUGUGGUGGGCCGGGAAAGCGUAGUAGGCACCUGGAGCCUCGUGCGGGGCAGGGAAUGGUCAGAGGUACGAACAACCGUGAAACCGGCCCGAGCAGGCGGAGAGCGGGCAGGGCGGGUCGCGCGGUCAGAGUACGUCGCCUCCUUCACCGGUGUGCACCUGCCCGGUCGUGCUGACAUCCACAGCAGCUGGCUCGCACGCGCGGAACUCUCGACGUUCUCGACCUCGCCGCGGCUUCUGCCCCGACUGGUUUACCUCUCGCACCAGUUCGCGUUCCAUAUCCUGGGCGAGGACUACCACGCGCUCGUCCGGAGCGGCCGCCUCGACGUACCCUCGUCCAAGAUCGAGGUGCGCCGCCCGGUCGAAGUGAGCGCGUAUGCGACGGGCGCACAGGGCAGCGAUGACUUUGUGCACGGGAUCGGUUCGCCGCACGAUCUCAGCAGCAGCAGCGUCGGUGCAGUAUCAUCCUCCUUCGACGCCCCGCUCGCGUCCGCCCUCGCCGCACCCCUGCACCCUCUACACCCGUCCCCGCCCGUGCUCCCGAUGCUCCCGAACGGCACGCCUGGGUCGGCGUCGAAGGCGUUCAUGACCGCGAUCCCAAUCCGGCACGUCGCCGCGGGCAUCCAGGACGGCAUGUCUGAGGGCCUGGGACGCCUUCGCCGCGAGCUCGGCAAGGCGCGUUCGCCGCGCCCUACUUCUGGCUCGGUGUCCGCCUCAAUGCCGAGCGUGGGCUCCGUCCCAACCGUCCCCCUCGAGUUCGACGAGGAGGACGAAUUAGAGGAUUUCGCGCGUCACGCAGCAGAUGGGGACUUCGACGCAGACGUCAUCUCGCGCUCGACGUCCAUGUCCACGGGUGGCGCAGUGAUGGAGGCGGAGGAGACGCUGGCGACCCCCGAGACGAACAUCGAGCCGCUCCCGGUCGAGCACGACGGGGAGCAGGCGUGGCAGGGGUGGGGCCCCGAGGACCAGGCGGCGGUCGAGGACGCGGAGCGGUUCGACGACAUCACGGUCGGCUUCCUGGACGAGGAGCAGGAGACGAUGCGCGCGGCGGAGGCGGAGGGCAAGAGUGCGCGGAUGAAGAAGCGGCGUCCGCGGAGGCACUGAGCGGCCACUAGUGGUCGCGCGCUGCUCCGUGCGCCGCUGCUCUGCGGGUGGUGGUCGGCUGACGCGCUGGUAGAGGCAGGGUCGCUUCCUUCCUCGCAGCCCCUUCGGACCUGGUCUAAGAGUCGCGUCGCGUCAAUUUGUACGAUUAUAGUAGCCAGUCGAAGAAGUAACAUUGAAUGUAACGUUGUCAUACCUA